AUGGAUGUAGAUUACCUGCAGCUGCGUGCUGCAACCGCCGCUGCAGCUAUCAUCAACAAGGCGGACCUAUUGCUGAGCUUCAAUAGCGACAAGAUUAGCAGCCAACAUGAGCUUGAAGCUGCUAUCAACGACUUUGCGAAUAGAUCUACGCAACCUUAA